AUGUCAGAUUCCAACAUAACCAAAUUCACCAACCCCUCCACCUUUAUCCUGCUGGGAAUUCCUGGCCUGGAGACGGCCCAUGUCUGGAUCUCCAUCCCCUUCUGCACCAUGUACGCCAUAGCCAUCUUCGGGAACUUCACCAUCCUGUGCAUCGUGAAGACGGAGCCGAGCCUCCACAGGCCCAUGUACUAUUUCCUCUGCAUGCUGGCUGUCUCUGACGUGGUUGUAUCUACAUCCAUCCUGCCCAAAAUGCUGAGCAUCUUCUGGUUCAAUUCCAGGGAGAUCGAUUUCGGUGCCUGUCUCACCCAGAUGUACUUCAUUGCCUGCUUCUCAUCGAUGGAAUCUGGGAUCCUAGUGGCCUUGGCUUUUGAUCGCUACGUGGCCAUCUGUAAUCCCCUGAGACAUUCCACCAUCCUGACAAACCCCAUGGUGGCCAAGAUCGGUCUCACUGUGGUGCUGCGCAGCAGCAUACUCGUACUACCCAAUCCCUUCCUGGCGAGGCGGUGUCCCUAUUAUAGAACCAACGUCAUCCCCCAUACCUACUGUGAUCACAUAUCUAUGGUCAAGUUGGCCUGUGCUGACAUCAGUGCCAGUAAUUACUAUGGCCUGUCUUUGGCAUUGUUCAUCACAGGUCUGGAUGUGUUUUUUAUCACCGUGUCCUAUACUCAGAUUCUCAGGGCUAUCUUAGGCCUCCCCUCAAAGGACACCUGGCUCAAGACUUUUGGGACCUGCGGCUCCCACCUCUGUGUGAUCUUAGCCUUUUACAUCCCAGCUCUCUUCUCCAUCCUGACACAGCGAUUUGGCCACAAUGUGCCCCUACAUUUCCAUGUUCUCAGUGCCAACAUGUACCUCCUGGUGUCCCCCAUGCUAAACCCCAUCAUCUAUGGGUUGAGGACCAAACAGAUCCGGGACAGGCUGCUCCGGCUCUUUACUCAUAAAGGGACCUAA